AUGGAACCCCGGAUUCAAGAUUCCUAUACUCCGAUUUUGACUAUUGUGUCCCGCCGGCCAUCAUACCAUUCUCUCUUCCUCUUGACUCUCGCACUCCUAAACAUCAGCUCUUCACUUCUCAUGAGCGCAACCUUUAUCUGUCUGAAUUAUAGCAGAAAUCUAGAGACACCGAGCUCCACCAUGUCCACAAUCAUCACUCCCAUUCUGGACUCCUUGGACCUUCAAUUCAAGUCGUCACAUGACAUCAUCACAUUCUGCAGUUUCAUCCUCGCGACAGGUGUCUUCACACUCACAAUAUCUUUAUGGAUGUCACAUAUGCUUGACUAUUUCCGGCCCUCUUGGCUCUUUAUAGUUCAAGUCUAUGGAUAUUGGAUAGGUUUUAGUCCUGCGGAGUUGGUGUUAUGUACUUUCCCGUUGAGCGUUAGCGUUUGGAUGAUGGUCAACUGGGCAGUGUACUUUCUCCAGAUUUGCAGAAUCGGACAACAUCUUCAACAGGAAGGGAGUAAUAAUGAUGCGGUAUAUUUAGUUUAA